UGCACUGCCCUGUGCUGGGAUCAUGGACCUUCCCCUCCUCUGCACACUGGUGGUCUUCGCUGGUGUGGUUCCAGCUGAGGGCGACAUACUGGACCUGAACAAGAUGGUCAGACAAGUUACGGGGAAGAUCCCCAUCUUCUUCUAUACGUCCUAUGGCUGUUACUGCGGACUUGGUGGCCGAGGCCCACCCAGAGACGCCACAGACUGGUGCUGCCAUGCACACGACUGCUGCUACGGUUACCUGACUCCCCACAACUGUGACAUCCGCUACGACCACUAUGACUACACCUUUUUCCGGGGGCAAGUCCACUGUUCCACCAAGGGGAGCUGGUGUGAGCAGCAGCUGUGUGCCUGUGACAAGACAUUGGCCGAUUGCCUGCAGCGGAACCUGAACACCUACAAGAAUGACCUGCGUUAUCUGUCCAGCUGCGAGGGCGAGAUCCCUGAGUGCCACACCCUCUAGCCUGUCCCUCAGCAUCUUGAGCUCUGGGGAAGACCCCCAGGACCACCAGCCACACCCUCAACCCCAGUCUGGCGCCUUCAAAGCACUCCAGGGAAGAGAAAGGGGCUGAGCCCCGCCCCUAGCUCCCACUUGCCUCGUGGACCUUCUGAGUCUCCCCAGCUGUCUCCUCUGAGGGUGGAUUGAGAUCUUAGGAAAAACCAAGGCCCGGCAGCACCCAGGGGAGUGUGUUUGGGCCAAGGCGGUGGGCACUGGGGGCAGGGGCGGGGGCGGGGUGGGGCAGGUGGUGCCUUCAUGCCCACUCACCAGGCCCCUCCAGGCUCCCCCUGCCCCUAAAACACCACCCAAGCAGCUGCCAGGGUGGCCUCUGUAAAGGGCGAUAUGGAUCUUUCUGUCCAUGGGACGCCACUUCUUCAAACCCCAAGGCCCCGUCCUGCCUCCCGCUCCAGCCCACCCCUCCAGCCGUCCCAGGUCACACAUGUACCUAUGGUUGAUUCAGGCUGAUAUGUGGCAGAAACCAACACAAUGUUAUAAAGCAAUUAUUCUC